AUGUUUGAUAUGAUCAAUCAUACACCGGCUGCCUUGGAGAGGAUAUUGAGCCAAGAACAAUCCGUGAUUCAAUCAGUGUCUGCUGUAAUCGCCUCAUCACGUAUCAACAAAGUGUUGUUGGUUGGAAUUGGAACGUCUUGGCACGCUGCCCUCAAUGCAGACUAUUACUUCAAGACUGUGGCUGGACUACCCCAUGUCGAGGCCUGGCACAGCAUGGACUUUGUUCAAAGGAGUCCACCCGUUGACGACAAAACUGCUGUCAUCAUCUUCUCGCACAGAGGUGUAAAGACAUUCUCCUUCGAGGCUUGUGUUAGAAGCAAGAAUAGUGGAUGUUAUACAGUGUUGCUGACAUCUUUGGACUCACCAAUCAAUGAGAGUCUGGGCUUGGAUGCUAUAAUCAGGACAUCAAAGGGCGAGCAGUCAUCCGCAUUCACGGUCAGCCACACAAGCUCUACAUUCGUGGCUUUGAUGCUAUCCGUGUACAUUGGAUUGGGUCGCAAGGUUGACCAGGCAGCAGGACUCGAGCAACACUUGAAUAAGAUACCAAAUCUACUUCAAUCGAUCAUCAACCAUGAUCAUCAAAUGUACAAAUCAUGGGCGGCACGUGUAAAGGACCUUCGCUACCUUCCCUUUGUAGCCUACCUCGGCAAUGUGUCCAACACCUAUGAGGUCGGACUCAAGAUCAACGAAGCCGUCUACAUGUACGCUCAAGGCUUCAAUGUUGAACAGUUCAUCCAUGGUCCAUUCGUCGCGGUCGAUGAAAACACAGGUCUAACAGCCAUCAUCUCCAAGGAGGAUGGUAAAGAGAGGACACUCCAACUAUUGAAGGCGGCCAAGCAUGUUGGUGUCAAAGUGUCAUUGAUCACAUCAGACUGUGAUUAUACAUCAGCUGAAGUUGUUGGAAAGGAUUGCAUCAUUAGUUUGCCAGAUGUACCUGAGCCAAUCAGUGUCCUCACCAAUCUGGUGGCACUUCAACUGCUCACAUACUACCUGGCCAUGGAGAGAAAGACCGACCCCGACAUGUUCAGAAGGGAUCUUCCCCUUCACUCUGAUGCUUUUGUAGUCUCUGGCCUCAAUCUCUAG